GCGAUUUUACGUUGACUCUGAGCUCUCUAACGUUUCACGCGCCCACACACUCCGAGCGGGGAAAGGAAAUAGAAGGGAUUACCGGCCGAUAUCGCGUCGGACCUGUAAAGCUCCGGCCAAAUCCGAGCUCUACUCAAUCGUCUAAACACUCUGAAUCUGAAUUCAGCUGAUUUUAAUGAGAUUGAAACCAAAAGAAAAGUUUUAACUGAUAUUGGACUUUUAGGUGUCAGGGGAAGGAUCUUAACGGGGCUGUUUACAAGGCUAGAGAUCUAAGAACUUCAGAGCUUGCUGCGAAUAAGCGAAUAAAGUUAUAUCUUUAUGCGAAGGAGUGUGUAUGAUUUUCUUGUUUGUAUUUGAUAUAGUCGAUUGCGUAGGCUGGAUGAAUACUGGGAAUGGUCUAUUAGGUCUAUUAAGUUUGUUUAUUUGUAGGAAGGGGGGUAUGAAGAAAUUUGUGGUGAGAUGGAGAUGUUGCUGCAGUCAUCCAAAUAGUGUUCGGUGUUUCGGGAACUACCAAGGGGAAGAAUAUGUGUGGGUUGGUGCAAUAAGCAAUUUUCUCCAAACUUUUGUUUCAGGAUAGUUUGAGUUGAUUUCAGUUUCUAGGUUGCAUUGGUUUACAGUAAUGGAAUACUGCAGAAGUGGAAGUGUUACCUGAUUUGAUGAAUGUCACAGAGGAGCCUUUAGAGGAGGAUCGGAUAGCAUAUAUCUGUCGGGAAGCUUUAAAGGGCCUUGACUAUUUGCACUCAAUUUUCAAUGUUCAUGGAGAUACUACGGGUGGUAAUAUCUUGUUAACUGAACAGGGAGAGGUGAAGUUGGGUGAUUUUGGGGUAGCAAUGCAGCUUACAAGGACCAUGUCAAAGCUCAAUACAAUGAAACAGCUGAAGAUGAUGAGGGAACCACUGAUGGGUGGGAAGAAGAGGAUGAAGUCAUCAAACCUUCAUCAUCAAAUGCAAGGGGAUGGUGGUGGAGUUGUAUUGCAUGGUGUUCCUUGGGGUGAAUCUGCCCUCUAUAUUGCCCAUGGUGUCCUAAAACUGUUUAAUGAUGACAUUAAACAUUAUGCUUUCAAGACUACACCUUGUGGAUACCUCUAUGUCAGACUAGACAAAUUGUCAAACGAUAUGGAGGAGCUGGAGAGCUAUAAUCAAGAAUACGAGAAAAGAUUUAGAUGAAGCUGGAGAAUGGAGAGAAAUACCUGAUGAUUUGGCUCUUGAGGUAAUAUGUGGCUAGUUCUUACAUGCUGAGGCUCUGAUUUGGCUCUCUACACUUGGCACUGAAGUUUGCCACGAUCCUCCAUAUAUGUUUGUCACCUAAAAAUGAUAUUUUUCUUUUGAAGAUAUCAUCUCCUGGUGCAGAGAGAAUACUAAAGGUGCCAGAUGAUUUAGAUCAGUUCAAUGUUAUUGCUGUGAGAGUUUGUUAUAUUGGAAGAUGCAGAGUCUAAUUGUGCUGAAAAGAGUGCAAUCUUCUUACUAGAUUCCAUUGAGCAAGAUAAUUGUGUCUGUGAGUUGGCGGAU